GCACAACAUUGUCUGAGCCUUCUUUUGUGCUCUUGCUCCCUGUUGUUGCUGAUGCCAGAUGCAUCGGGGCACAUUGUCUGAGCCUUCCUUUGGGCUUUUGCUGCUUCUGUACCGCAGUUUUUCUGCCGGUCUAUUUUUUAGUUUGUAAUCCGUCUUCAGGAACUUUCUCGAGACGUCGUUAUCUCUCAUUGUUGAAAACGACCUCCAUCGUAACGAUGGACGUCGCUCCACUACUUUCGACAUGCACAAAAGACCAAAUCAUGGAGGUGUUGUAGCGGAAGAUUCACUCUCGUUUUGCACAUUUCGAGAGUAGUGGAGCGAGGCCCGAUCGUUUCGGGAGCACUGCCGGUGCAUAGAGGGACCGUCCUUCGUUUCCAGCUAAUCAAGCAGUCUGGUCGCGUGGAAGAUCGACAAUGCGACACGUGGACGCUUGUCAUCCUUGGGCGGGAAACGCGUCGUAAAGAGCCCGGACGGAGUGUUCGCAACGACGAUGUGCCUUUCUCGGUCUUUUCGCUUAUGUACAAGCUUCCACUGAUCUGUACACUUUUUCACAUUAGGACGGCGGCUACCUUCACGCAGUGUUUCAAUGCGUAUUUUUCCCGUCUCUACUCUAUUAGUAGAUCUCAUGAAAAGUAUUGCAUACGCCAUCUCGUGUGCAUUCGUGAGCAUACCUCGGCGGGAGACCGACCCGAAAGUAUUCGAUUUCCCGUGCCGAUCGGUGAGUGGUGAAAAUCAGUUCUAGCCCGCUCGUCGGUGCAUACCGAACAUCAGUUUUCAAUUUUCCGUGCCCCUCGGUGGAUGGUGAAUAUCAGUUCUACCCCGCUCUUCGGUGGAUACAGAAAAUCAAUCAGUUCUUCCCCGCUCUUUUUUUCGGAAGAAGUCACACUCAUUUUUUGCGGUGGCGGUGUUAUCGUGUACUUGCCGGAGACCUUACGCGCGGGGGGAUUUUGCCCAACAGCGUCGGCAAGCCGGAAUUUGCCCUUGGUCGUCAGGCAAACUGGAGAGACUGCAGAGGGGGAGAAAUCGAGAAACUGCUCGCUCAGCUAACCUGGCCACGCCAGGUGCACCUAUUUUUCUACUCCAAGAGUGGCGGCGCCACGUGGGACCGUGGUGGUGGUGGCCAUCCUUAACAAUCGGAGAAGAAGAAGAGCUGACCCUUCUUGCACCUUUGUGAGGUCAGCUGCUCGGCGAAGCUGCCAUGGAUCAAGCUUGUAAUACGCCAGACGACGGCGUUCCCCUGCGUGUACUCUUCGAAUCUGGGGAGAGGAUACAUACGCAAGCAGACUCUCUGCUCCUCGGACCCGGGUCGAAGGGUGAGGGAGAGCUUAAGCGGGGGUGCGAAACCCUACUGAAAUGCCUAAGACUGGUGGAGGUUCUAGGGUUGUUCUCUCCCAACGAGGACAAAGACGACAUUGUGACGGGGGACAUCAGAUACCUACUGGUACCGUACUAUCUAGCGGACCUGAUGCAGAGGCGAGUUGAUGGGGACAGGAAGGAGCACGUGAGGCUUUCCCGCCUACAUCUCUCUGCAUUCGUCAGGUCUUGUGAUCGUCUAGGUCUUCUGCCUGAGGGAGACCGGGAGGCCAUCUCCCGCGAGAAGCCUGCGGAUCUGCAGACGCGGCGAACGGAGAAGAUUGCGCGGUUCAAGCGCCAACGAGCGGCGGAGGCGAAAUUGCAGGAACUGGCGGGGCUGCGGGAGAGAAGAUUGCGCUCAUCGCAGGCGGGCGCGCAAGGACCAGCGGAGGGGGGCGAUGAUAACUCGACGCUUGCUGAAGAGGAGUGCGACGACGAGGAAAGAGAGCUCUGGUUUCUUAAGAUAGGCUUGGCGUUAGCCAAGGCCCUCGAUUUACUCGAUUCCCUACAGCGAGAGGAAGAACUUCUAACGGCCUCACGGGACGACGGCGGCAAUCUGAGAGAAGAGUAUCAGAAGGCUGUUAUGGAUGAGCGAUUGGCAAAGGCAGAGAGACAGCACAGGGAGAUGGCGGCAAGUGCAGCCGCUGGGAGAGGAGGAGAUAGACGGCACGUGUCACUGAUCGGCAGGGAUGCGAUCGAGGGAAGGCGUUCUGGCGGCGGCGGCGGGGCAUCGGUGGGACCGCUGUCCUCACGGCUAGGGCAUGCUCAGCAUUUGUCCCAGCAUCGAUGCCCUCACCAAAUUUUCGGUCCCGCGAGCUUGAUGGGGAAGACCGCGGCGGGAGAGAGGGAUCGCCUUGUGUCCCAGGUGUUCCAACCAAGCCACCUGUUGCCCAAAUACAGUAUUGAGCAGGCAGGCUUGAUGGAGAUGCGGAUGAUGGAGAGAUGGCAGGCUGACCAGAGGGCGGCGAUGGAGGACGCGGCUGCCAAGGGUGAUAAGAAAGCACAGAAGGCGUUGAGGGGAAACACCGAGGGCAGCGACGACGAUGAAGACGAUGAUGACGAUGAUGCGGUUAUGAAGGCCAGGGCUUGGGAUGACUGGAAGGACGAGCACCGAAGAGGCGAGGGUAAUUCCAGACUAACGCCCUGCGGCUGAUGGGCGUAAAAGAUGGGGAGUUGGAAGCGCUGCGCGCCGUGCUCGGUAGGUGAAAGAAGUGGGGUUUGUUGAAGUGGUCAAUAAUAGCAGGACGACGCGAAACGACGAAGCCAGGGUAGUUCUAGUAGAUAGACUAAGGGCCAGAUCCCACUAGCCCCUAUUGUUCAUUUCUGACCGUUGAUCUUCGUAAUCGAGGGUGAAAGAUGAAUAACCCAGGGAAGUGGGAUCUGACCCUAACUCCCUGCAGCCGAUGGGCGUAGAAGAUGGGGAAUUGAAACUGCUGCGCGCCGUGAUCGGCAGGUGAAAGUGGGGUUUGUUUGAGUGGCGACUACCGGUAGCGCAGGACGAGGAACGAAGAAGCCACAGGGUACUUCGAGAUCAACCAACUCCCUGCAGCUGAUGGGCGUAUAAGAUGGGGAGGUAGGGGUGCUGUUGAGUAGGUAAAAGUGGGGUUUGAGUGGUUUUAAUAGCAGGAGGGCAAUCGUCAUAAUUGGGCGGGCAGGAGAAGUAAGUAAACGCGCUCCUGAUGAUAGAGUAAGUUGAGUGGUUGGGGGGUUUGGGAGAUGAGUGUCCUUCACCCAGGCAGGUAGGUAGGUAGUUUGGGAUUUUGCUGACUGCUCGGAAAUGGGGCGGCGUGAAGAUGAUACGACCUCUCGAUUAUGUGGCGCGUUGUCUCCCGCUUACACGUGUUCAUAGUAUACAAAGGGCCGUGCUCGUAGCUAGGGUUUUGAAAAUUAGACUAAGUAGAAGAAACAUGUUGAGAGUUGGAACUCAUAAAAUAGGUGAUUGUUGGUUCAGGAGGAAGGUCAUUUUUUUUUAUUUUCAUCGUCGGCCGGCGAUGAUCAUGCGGCCGCCAGUGUUUCUUCUUCUGCUGGGUGGUGUCUGAAUCAGCGCGUCCGCCAACUAUAUACCCGUCUUCUACCGAACAAAGCGCACGGUCAUUAAAUCUGUAUUUGGGGAAAACGGAAACAAUGACCGUGCGUUCUAUAUGCAGAAAGGGGGACGCCGGGUAGGUAGGGGUUUAUUACUGGCUGAUCCUUGGGAGCAGAUUGUUGUUGUCGACGCUAUAUAUCUCCUGGACAGGUAUAAAGUUUGGCUUGCGCGCUCCUUGUCUCCACUGGACGUCCUUGUGUUGUAUCUUUUUAUAUCCUUUCUUGAACAUGUUUCUUUGGCCAUUGAGAACAUCAUCGCUGCUGAAGGAGCACCGAGUUCCUUUUUUUUUUCAAGAUAACCAACUGGUGUGUUCGACUGCAGCGUUUCGUCGACACCAAUCUGCAGUCCUUGGUGUGCGUCGCGCUUUGCUACCCGA